AAUGGCUAGCUAAUCAAUGAUGGCAUAAGUAAUUAUGGUUUUGCCUUGAUUGGUUAAUUGAUAAGGAGCUUGUCAGUCAACGCAGUCUCGCUGGCAAGGUCAAACAGUCUGCUACAAAUAGCUAAUGCAGUUCACCAAGCUGCCUUAUAUCAACGCUACGUACCCAUCGUAGUGCAGGCACAGUGAUUUGUUUAUCGUGUAAUCCCCCCCUCCUCUCCAGUGGGCAUGUGAGAAAGUGGUCGCCAUUGCUGACACAUUGAAGUGUUACUCUGCAGGUUAUGUAGAAAUGCCUUAAAAUAAGUAGGCGGUGUCAAACCUGACUCGGUUGCAUUUCUCAUCUGCAUGUGUGUGCGGCUGUCCGUGCCGGGCAGGUCAGCUCAGCAGUAGGGCGUGAUUUUUCAGGUUAUUCUCCCCACCCUUCAAGUGUCGCCCUGGUAACGUUCAUUUCCCCCGACCACCACAGGAUGCUGACAGCCACUUGGGUGGGGCUGACGCGGAUGACAGUAGACGGGAGCAAAGCUCAGGGAUAAACCAAAGCGCACGGGAUCAGCUUUUUUUAAAGCAGCGCAGGGCGGCUGGUCGGUGAGAACCAUGACCAAGCCGGAGUCGAAGAAAAGCGGCGUGGCUGCGGGCAAGAGCGUCGGCGAGCAGGUCAACAACGGCUCCGUGGAUCCAGCGUGUCCGGAUCAGAGCACAACCAUUAAAGCCAAGGUGAUGAAGCAGACCUCCAGGGAGAGUCUGCACCGGAGAAACACAGAGUGCGAAGUCUACGACGACGGGACCAACACCUUUUUCUGGCGAGCCCAUACUGUCACAGUGCUGUUCAUUCUGACCUGCGCUCUGGUCUACGUCACGCUGUUGGAGGAGACUCCUCAGGACACGGCCUACAACACUAAAAGGGGUAUUGUGGCCAGCAUCCUGGUGUUCCUCUGUUUUGGAGUGACACAGGCCAAAGAUGGACCUUUCACCAGACCGCAUCCAGCUUACUGGCGUUUCUGGCUCUGCGUCACUGUCGUCUAUGAACUGUUCCUCAUCUUCAUCCUGUUUCAGACGGUUCACGAUGGACGACAGUUCAUGAAGUACAUUGACCCCAAAUUAGGGGUUCCUCUCCCUGAGCGCGAUUAUGGGGGAAACUGCCUCAUUUAUGACCCUGGAAACACUACAGACCCUUUCCACAACAUCUGGGACAAGAUGGAUGGCUUCGUGCCAGCUCACUUUCUCGGAUGGUAUAUCAAGACUCUAAUGAUUCGGGAUUGGUGGAUGUGUAUGAUAAUCAGUGUCAUGUUUGAGUUCUUGGAGUACAGUCUGGAGCACCAGUUGCCUAACUUCUCAGAGUGCUGGUGGGACCAUUGGAUCAUGGAUGUGUUGGUGUGCAAUGGGUUGGGGAUCUACUGUGGCAUGAAGACCCUGGCCUGGUUGUCUAUGAAACCGUAUCAGUGGCAGGGCCUCUGGAACAUUCCUACAUACAAGGGGAAGAUAAAGCGUAUAGCAUUCCAGUUCACACCUUACAGCUGGGUGAAGUUUGAGUGGAAGCCUGCUUCAAACCUUCGCCGCUGGCUUGCUGUGUUAGGCAUCAUCUUUAUGUUUCUGUUGGCAGAGCUGAACACCUUCUACCUGAAAUUUGUGUUGUGGAUGCCUCCUGAACACUACUUGGUGCUGCUUCGCCUUGUCUUUUUUGUCAACGUGGGGGGCGUAGCCAUGAGGGAGAUCUACGACUUCAUGGAUGACCCGAAGUUCCACAAGAAGCUCGGCCAGCAGGCGUGGCUGGUAUCAGCAAUCACAGUAACGGAGUUCCUAAUAGUGGUCAAGUACGACCCCCACACCAUCAUGCUGCCCAUUCCUUCUCUUAUCAUUCAGUGCUGGUUUUUAGGAAUCCUCCUCAUACUCAUCUGGACCGUGUGGCGGUUUUUCAUCCGUGACAUCACACUCCGCUACAAAGAGACGCGCCGGCGUAAACAGGAAGCCCCUGCUGACUGGGACCGCCCGCUGGGCAACGGCAGCACGGCCGCCCCCUCCGGGCGCAGCAAACUGAACGGCAGCUCCGAGACGCUGAGGCAGCGGAAGUCCUGAGAGGAAGCCGGUCAGUCACGCUGUCAGCAGCGAGUGAAGGGGGACAGUGAGAGGAGUUGAGGAGAAAUGUAACACAAGAAGACACUUAGAGGAUGGACACAUACUGUUCUUGUGCCUACAUGAACCAAGUAGUCAUAUAACACAGGCAAGGGGGUGAACGGGGCAAUUUUCAUUCGGUGUAUGUGUAGUUAUUGUCCUACUUCCGGUAUUUACCUCAUUCUGUUUCAAAGAACAUUUGGUGGAUUAACAGACAAGAUAGUUUUGCAUUAGUAAUAUAUAUUUUUGAAUGUUUGGUGAUAAGAUGAAUCAGUACAGAAUCGGAAAGUAGAUGUGCUCUUGACCAAUAAUUUUUCCAUUUUCUCAACUGCACUUUGUCUUUAAAAACAAAAAAGCGAAAGAAGAAGACUGGAGGAGGAACAUAUCUGUCACUGUAAAUAUGCUUAAUCCUGUGUUGUGCAGUCAUAUCAGUGCAGGUGAGAAAAAGGAGAGCAUUUAGAGGAGUUUCUGAAGGUGUAAUGACUGAUCUGGAUUCUGUUUUAUUAUCCACUACUAUGCAAUCUUCAGUAUCACCCUGGGCGCGAGUAAUGAUAACAACACAUGGCUGUUCAGAUUAGUUUAAGUGACACUUACUUUACCAGCUGAUUCCUGAUUCAUUCUGACAGCUUACACUAGGUUUAGUCCCAGGUACAUGAUGUAUUGUUUACAUGUGGAAGACAAUUUAAGCUUUUGUUUUUUUCAUUUACAGUUCAGCGUUCAUUCCUGGAAGCACUGAGCCUUGAGGGUUCUUGCUCAGAUCCUCCUUUAGUCACACACACGAGAGGAAAACUGGUCAAAGCCUUUCUUUCCUCUCAAGCUUUGUUCUUGAAAAGAACGACAAGUUUGUUUAAAAAAAGAAUAAAAUCAAGAUGUACUAUAUUCUAGUUAUUUAACUGGUGAUAAUAAUAUACGUGGUGUCUGGGAUAUAGUUUGAGUGUUUUUUUUUGUAGCCGUUUUCUUAUCACUGUUAUUUCUUUAGGGUAAAUCAAUGCUAAACACUAGAUUCCUUUUUUGUGAAAUGAGGUUCAGAGAAACCUGCAGCACUAACAUCCACAUCCACAACAGACGCAUUGAUGGGAAGCUGUGCUUGGUUUUCCUCAGACCGUGACGUGUUUGUUCCCCGUAACAAAAAAGGAUAAAUGGCAGAGAUGUGGGUGUUCCUCUACACUUUUUACCAUUUGUCACUUUAGAAUUUAAUAUUCGAUUCCUUUUAUGCCAAACAUUCUUCCAGUUUUACAUUUUGGGGUUUUUUAUGAUUUUAUUUUAUUUUAUUUUUUUUCUUUUCUCAGCUUUGCGAGCGUCACCAUAUUGCACAUGCAAUCAGCCAAAGCUUAAGAUCUGCUUCUUGCUAAAGCCAUAAGUACCAUCCACCAUGAGGUACCAUGCACCUCAAACUGCUCAUUUUGAUUCUUUCUGAGCUGAGUUUCAGCGCCGUCAGUGUCUGCGUCUAGUUAUAGUGUUACGAAAGGUCACCUGGACGUCAGGCGGCUAAAACCAAAUUCACCUGUACAGCCAUGAUUACAGCUAAAAACUCCUAAUUAUGAGGAAUUGUCUUAGUUGCUUUUGAUCUGUGUCGGUGACAGCUGCUAAAUGUAGAGCUGCCACGAUUCAUCGUGCUGAUAAUGAAUUCAUCCUGAAAACAUCCAAUCACUACUUGCUUACACAUUUUCUUAAAACGAUCAGCAGAUUAAUCUGAUGAUGAACACAAGUGUUAACCGCUGCUCUAGUGAAACAUGAAAGUGUUUCAAAAUAAAAAUAAGCUUUACAUUAAAAUGAUUUAGGUGGUCAAACUGAAACAAGCUGGAAAUAUCAGCAUGUUCCAGUUUCACUCCCAACUCUCACUGUUACCAAAACAUUGCGUCCGUGUCCUGUGACUGUCGGGGUUCAGUUAAAUCUGUGUUGCUCACCGUGUCCCGGUGACUCUGAUAUCUGUGAAAUGAGAUCCAAAUUCUGGUCUGUUUUAGUGAGGCUGCAGUCGUUUUCUCGUGAAUGUAAUCCAGCAGAUUCAGCUGUUCAGACAAGAGGGUCACAAACACUAAGCUGAACAUCGUUUCUGCAAUGCUGCACCUCCUGCCGCAACAUUUAAACCACCUGCCUGGUACUGGGUAGCUCUGGUCACACAGGGCUCAGCCAAAGGCCCUCCAGGGGAGCUCUUUGGUGUCUGGCACUGGGAUGCUAAUAAGGUAUUCUUUGGGUCUUGUGGGUUGUUUGCAGUGGGUCCUCCACUUUGACUUUCUGAGGGAGGCCCCUGUUUAUGGGGGAAAUGUUUAGUCUGUUUAGUUGGGAAGUACAUGAUGGAGUUACUUAUGGAUGUACUCAAGGGUUUCCUAGCAGACAAUUGCCUUGUAACAUGACCAAUGUUAGUCACUUCACCUGUCAGUGGUUUGAGUGUUGUGGACCUUGCUCUGACUGCAGCGAUUUCUGUGUGAAUUUCAAACUAAUGUUUAGCUGAUAUUUCAGAUUUUGUGCUUGUUUAACCUGUGCUGUGCUAAUUCAGCUGCUUGAGGGUUUUUUUUUUUUCUUUCCUUUUCUCUGUCAAGUACUUUCAGACACGGGCUGGGUAUCCACUGUGUACCUGUGUUCGUGCCUUGAAUUGGUCAAAACUGUUUUUUGUUUGAAGUAACUGAAAACUUAAACCCAAGUUAUGAAUUUGCACAUCAGCUCUGCAUUAGAAAAUAGUGAAUUAAAAAUGAACUUGAACACGUAGAAGCAGUGUGGAGCAAAGUGGAA